GUUUCCGAGGAACUUUUCGCGGGCGCCGGGAGGCCACCGGGGCCGGGCGGGGACGCGGACGCGCGCAGCGGCGGCAGCGGGCCGGGGCCGGGGGACGCGGCGCUCCCUGCGAAAGUCCGUACGCGGCGGCGGCGGGCCCGGCGGGCGGCCCGGAGGAGGCGACUGCGCCAUGGACGAGCCGCCCUUCAGCGACGCGGCCCUGGAGCAGGCGCUGGCCGAGCCGUGCGAGCUGGACGCGGCGCUGCUGACCGACAUCGAAGACAUGCUUCAGCUCAUCAACAACCAAGACAGCGACUUCCCGGGCCUGUUCGACCCACCCUAUGCCGGGGGUGGGGCAGGGGGCACAGACCCUGCCAGUCCUGAUGCCAGCUCCCCAGGCAGCUUGUCCCCAUCUCCUGCCACAAUGAGCUCUCCACUGGAUGGAUUCCUGGGGGGACCCAAGGCGACACCUCCACCCUCGUCCCCUCCCCAGCCUGCCCCCACCUCACUGAAGAUGUACCCACCUGGGCCUGCUUUCUCCCCUGGGCCUGGCAUCAAGGAGGAGCCACUGCCGCUGACUAUCCUGCAGCCCCCAACCCCGCAGCCCCUGCCAGGGUCCCUCCUGCCCCAGAGCUUCCCGGCUCCAGCCCCACCACAGUUCAGCUCUGCCCCUGCAUUGGGCUAUCCCGGCCCCACUGGAGGCUUCUCCACAGGGACCCCUCCAGGGAGCACCCCGCAGCCGCUGCCUGGCCUGCCACUGGCUUCCCUGCCAGGGGUCCCGCCCGUCUCCUUGCACACCCAGGUCCAGAAUGCGGCCCCCCAGCCGCUGUUGACAGCCACAGCCAACCCCACAGCAGCCCCCGGAACAACCACUGUGACCUCGCAGAUCCAGCAGGUCCCGGUCCUGCUGCAGCCCCACUUCAUCAAGGCUGACUCUUUGCUUCUGACAACCAUGAAAACAGACAUGGCAACCACUGUGAAGGCGGCGGGUAUCAGCUCCCUGGCCCCUGGCACGGCUGUACAAACGGGGCCCUUGCAGACCCUGGUGAGCGGAGGAACUAUCCUGGCGACGGUACCACUGGUAGUGGACACUGAGAAGCUGCCCAUCAACCGGCUAGCAGCUGGUGGCAAGGCCCUGGGCUCGGCUCAGAACCGUGGUGAGAAGCGGACAGCCCACAACGCCAUUGAGAAGCGCUACCGUUCCUCCAUCAAUGACAAAAUCGUGGAGCUCAAGGACCUGGUGGUGGGCACUGAAGCAAAGCUGAAUAAGUCUGCUGUCUUGCGCAAGGCCAUCGAUUACAUCCGCUUCCUACAACAGAGCAACCAGAAGCUCAAGCAGGAGAACCUGAGUCUCCGCACUGCUGCCCACAAAAGCAAGUCACUGAAGGACCUGGUAUCAGUCUGUGGCGGAGGAGGAAAUACAGACGUGUCCAUGGAGAGCGGGAAGCCUGAGGUGGUGGACACACUUAGCCCGCCACCCUCGGACGCCGGCUCACCGUCUCAGAGCAGCCCCUUGUCCCUGGGAGGCAAGAGCGGUGGCAGUGCCGGCAGUGGCAGUGACUCGGAGCCUGACAGCCCAGUCUUUGAGGAUAGCCAGGUGAAGCCGGAGCAGCUGCUGUCCCCCCACAGCCGGGGUAUGCUGGACCGCUCCCGCCUGGCCCUGUGCACCCUUGUCUUCCUCUGCCUCUCCUGCAACCCCCUGGCCUCCUUGCUGGGCAGCUGGGGUCCCCCCAGCCCCUCGGAUGCCGGCAGCACCUACCAUGGUCCUGGCCGCAAUGUGCUGGGCACCGAGGGCAGAGAUGGCCCUGGCUGGACCCCGUGGCUGCUGCCCCCGCUGAUCUGGCUAACCAAUGGGCUGCUGGUGCUCACCUCCUUGGCGCUUCUCUUCAUCUAUGGAGAGCCGGUCACGCGGCCCCACUCUGGCCCUGCUGUGCGCUUCUGGAGGCAUCGCAAACAGGCUGACCUGGACCUGGCCCGGGGAGACUUUCCUCAAGCUGCACAGCAGCUGUGGCUGGCCCUGCGGGCCCUGGGCCGGCCGCUCCCCACCUCCCACCUGGACCUGGCCUGUAGCCUACUCUGGAACCUCAUCCGCCACCUGCUGCAGCGUCUCUGGGUGGGCCGAUGGCUGGCAGGCCGGGCAGGGGGCCUGCAGAGGGACUGUGCCCUGCAGGCGGACGCCCGCACGAGCGCCCGGGACGCGGCACUCGUCUACCACAAGCUGCACCAGCUGCAUACCAUGGGGAAGUACACAGGCGGGCACCUCACUGCCGCCAAUCUGGCACUGAGUGCCCUCAACCUGGCGGAAUGUGCAGGGGAUGCUGUGUCCGUGGCCACGCUGGCUGAGAUCUAUGUGGCCGCUGCGCUGAGGGUCAAGACCAGUCUCCCGAGGGCCUUGCAUUUUCUGACACGCUUCUUCCUGAGUAGUGCCCGCCAGGCCUGCCUGGCACAGAGCGGGUCGGUGCCUCUUGCCAUGCAGUGGCUAUGCCACCCUGUGGGCCACCGUUUCUUCGUGGAUGGGGACUGGGCCGUGUGCAGUUCCCCAAGGGAGAGCCUGUACAGCUUGGCCGGCAACCCAGUGGACCCCUUGGCCCAGGUGACCCAGCUGUUCCGUGAACAUCUCUUGGAGAGGGCACUGAAUUGUGUGGCUCAGCCCAGUCCCAGCCCUGGAUCAGCUGACGGGGACAGGGAGUUCUCUGAUGCCCUUGGGUACCUACAGCUGCUAAACACCUGUUCUGAUGCUGCCGGGGCUCCUGCUUGCAGCUUCUCCAUCAGCUCCAGCAUGGCCACCACCACUGGUGAGCCCCCAGACCCCUGCCCCGGGGACCCCCGGCUUGGCCCCAGCUCUACACCAAUUCAGCUUGGUGCAGGGUGGCUGAGUUCCUGGGAGCCUCCCCACCUACACCCCUUGCUCCCUGCAGGCACAGACCCCAUGGCCAAGUGGUGGGCCUCACUGACCACCAUGGUGAUCCACUGGCUGCGGCGCGAUGAGGAGGCAGCCGAGCGGCUAUACCCGCUGGUGGAGCACCUGCCCCGUGCCCUGCAGGAGUCUGAGAGACCCUUGCCCCGGGCAGCUCUGCACUCCUUCAAGGCUGCUCGGGCCCUGCUGGGCCGCGGGAAGGCAGAGUCUGGCCCAGCCAGCCUGGCCAUCUGUGAGAAGGCCAGUGGGUACCUGCAGGACAGCCUGGCGACCACACCAGCUGGGAGCUCCAUUGACAAGGCCAUGCAGCUGCUCCUGUGUGACUUGCUCCUGGUGGCACGAACUAGUCUGUGGCGGCGGCAGCAGCCGCCCGCACCCACCCAGGCCUCGCAGGGCCCGGGCACCGGGGCCCAGGCUUCUGCCCUCGAACUGCGUGGCUUCCAGCGGGACCUGAGCGGCCUGAGGCGUCUGGCACAGAGCUUCCGGCCCGCCAUGCGGAGGGUGUUCCUGCACGAGGCCACGGCCCGGCUAAUGGCAGGGGCCAGCCCCACGCGGACGCACCAGCUCCUGGACCGCAGCCUGCGGAGGAGGACAGGCCCCUGCGGCAAAGGCGCAGUGGCCGAGCUGGAGCCACGGCCCACGCGGCGGGAGCACGCCGAGGCCCUGCUGCUGGCCUCCUGCUACUUGCCUCCCGGCUUCCUGUCGGCGCCCGGGCAGCGCGUGGGCAUGCUGGCCGAGGCGGCGCGCACGCUCGAGAAGCUCGGCGAUCGCCGCCUGCUGCACGACUGCCAGCAAAUGCUCAUGCGCCUGGGCGGCGGGACCACGGUCACCUCCAGCUAGAUCCCCGUCCGCGGCCCCGCCGGGCCGGAGCCUCGACGGCCAGAGGCAGCGCUGGAGACCCCGAGUGUCCACGGUGCAGCUACGUACCGCACUGUCUGCGGGGGCAGGGGGGUUGGGAGGCAUAUAGGGGCUUUUGCUGCCUCUUGACCUGGUUCGCCGGAGGGGGCGCGACCCCACCCCCCCACUGCACCCCAACCCGACGAGCGGCGGCCAGCGUGGUGCUGACCUCUGGUGGCCGAUCGGGGGAUUGCAGGGGCUCCUUGCCCUGCAGGCACCAAGUGGCUUUUCCCUCUCCCGCGUCAGGGAGGGGUACAUUUCACUGAGCUGAGGGGGGCCUACUCCAAGGCGCCUCUCUCCCUUCUGGAGAGACUUGUACAUAGUGUAGAUCAGGGUGCACCAGCCUCCUGACCUCUGAGGCUCAAGUGUUACGUUGCCUUUUGCAAACUUUAUUUUCAUAGGUUGAGAAGUUUUGUACAGAGAAUAAAAAAUGAAAUUAUUUAUAA